AUGAAGGAGACGGAAAAAGAGCAAGAGGAUAACAUGGCUAAGUUGGUGAUAACAGCCUUCCGCCGACUGGACAACAAAAGCGGCGUAACCGCUAACGAAAUAACAAAGUACUUGCAGGAUAAGUUUGGGGAUAUAUGGAGUAUGUAUAACUUAACCAAAAGGGCUGAAGAGACGCUUAAGAGAAGUGCGGCUUUGGGCUUCCUUAAUAAACGUGGCGAUCGGUACGUGGAAAACUUUGCACGUGUAGUUUGCGGUCGCAGGAGACGCUGCACUUGCAGGCAGCGCAAGCGCAGAUGCGGCCAACGGAGACGAAGACGCUGCGGUUGUUAA